UAUUAAUUUCUAAUGAAAAUAAUGGAUACCAAAGAAGCUCAAAAAAACCAUUUUUCAUCAAUAUUAACUAGAUUUCAUGCUGGUUAUUUUAGAAUAAGCCUUUCUUUAUGUAGCCAAGCGUUACUAUGGAAAACAUUAAGUGAGCCAUCGGACGAUAUUCAUAAAAUUCGAAAUAUUUUUCGAAUGCUUCCUUCUACAGCUUUCAUUCUUCUAUGGUCUUUAGCUUUAUUUGCGUUAAUAUCACUCUCUUUACUAUAUUUUCUUCGCGUUUUAUAUCAUUUUGACAUGGUUAAACGCGAAUUCUUGCACCAUGUUGGUGUAAAUUACCUUUACGCCCCUUGGAUAUCGUGGCUUGUGUUGCUACAAGCAACCCCAUUCUUCAAACAUGAAGGGGUUUGUUUUCUUAUACUUUGGUGGAUAUUUAUUGUACCAAUAUUGGCAUUAGAUAUUAAGAUAUAUGGACAAUGGAUUACAAAGGGGAAGCGUUUUCUAUCAGGAGUCGCGAAUCCUACUAGUCAAUUAUCGGUUAUUGGUAAUUUGGUAGGAGCAAGGGCAGCUGCUGAAAUGGGAUGGAAUGAGAGUGCACUAUUGUUGUUUGCAAUUGGAAUGUCACAUUAUUUAGUGUUAUUUGUGACACUUUAUCAAAGGUUACCAGGAAGUAGUUCAAUUCCAGCUAUGUUAAGGCCAGUAUUCUUCUUGUUUUUAGCUGCUCCUAGCAUGGCUAGCUUGGCAUGGGAUUCUAUUUAUGGAAAAUUUGAUUCUUCAUCCAAGAUGCUAUUCUUCCUCUCCAUUUUCCUCUUCCUUUCACUGGUAUCAAGACCAGCCUUAUUUAAGAGAUCAAUGAGGAAAUUUAAUGUAUCAUGGUGGGCAUAUUCUUUUCCCUUAACAAUUAUGGCAAUGGCAUCAACUAAAUAUGCUCAAGAAAUGAAGAAUACUGCUUCACACAUAUUAAUGUUGUUUUUGUCUGCACUAUCAGUCAUAGUAUCACUUGUCUUAAUGAUUUUUACUGCCUUAAAUUCCAAUUCACUUUUACCUUGUGAUGCUGAUGAUUCAAUGCACUGCAUUAGUAUUAAUCAACGCUCCUCAAUUGUAUAAUUGUAGUAAUUAUUUAAUUAAUUUAUUUAUUUUCG